UGAAAAAUUAAAGAUUAAGAUAAUUAGUGAAGACACUGAAUUCAAACAACAAAAACACAAUGGACCAACAUCAAACAUAUUUAAUCCUCAACUCCUCCUCUCGCUUUCCACCUCCUCAGGGUGUGAAGUUAUCAUAUGGUACAGCUGGGUUCAGAGCAGACGCAUCAAUACUCGAAUCAACAGUGUUUAGAGUUGGGAUAUUGGCAGCUCUUAGAUCUCUAAAGACCCAAUCAGUGAUUGGUUUAAUGGUCACUGCAUCACAUAACAAAGCUAGUGAUAAUGGAGUCAAAAUCGCUGACCCAAGUGGCGGUAUGCUCACUCAAGAUUGGGAACCUUUCGCUGACUCCGUCGCCAAUGCCCCAACUCCCCAACACCUCCUUCAGUUGAUAGAUGAAUUUGUAAAGAAGGAAAACAUCCCAUUUGGUGGAAUGCAGUCAGCAGAAGUACUGUUGGGGAGGGACACGAGACCUAGUGGUGAAUCUCUUCUUGAAGUUGCUAAACAAGGGAUUAAUUCCAUUGCUGGAGCUCGUGCUCUUGACAUGGGAAUCUUAACGACUCCACAACUACACUGGAUGGUUCGUGCUAGAAAUAAGGGCACGAAAGCAACUGAAGCUGAUUACUUUGAGCAGCUUUCUAGCUCAUUCAGGUGCUUGAUUAAUUUGAUUCCCGAUGGAUACAAAAUUAAAGAGGCAGAUGACAAAUUGGUUGUUGAUGGGGCUAAUGGUGUUGGUGGAGAAAAACUUGAAGUUUUGAAGAAGAUGCUGAAUGUUUCCUUUAUUGAGGUUUGCAAUUCUGGACAGGAAGGAGGUGUACUGAAUGAAGGAGUUGGUGCUGAUUAUAUUCAGAAAGAAAAGGUUGUUCCAGAAGGAUUUGAUUCUAAGCAUGUUGGAAUAAGGUGUGCAAGUUUGGAUGGAGAUGCCGAUCGACUUGUUUAUUUUUCUGUGCCAGUAAGUAAUAGCAGCAAGAUUGAUCUUGUUGAUGGGGAUAAGAUAUUAUCUUUAUUUGCUGUAUUCAUCAAGGAGCAAUUGAGUGUCCUUAACACAGAUGGAGAUGAAAAGAACAGUGAAAAUUAUCAAGCUCGUAUCGGUGUUAUACAAACAGCAUAUGCGAAUGGAGCAUCCACUGAUUACCUCAAGCAGUUGGGCCUAGAAGUCGUGCUCACCCCAACAGGAGUUAAGUACUUACAUGAGCAAGCUGCUCAGUAUGAUAUUGGGAUAUAUUUUGAGGCUAAUGGCCAUGGCACCAUUCUAUUCUCAGAAUGUUUCUUAUCUUGGUUAGAGGCCAGAAGUAAUGAGCUGUCUUUAGAAAAGAAAGAUUCAGAACGACAUAAAGCUGCUAUGAGACUAUUAGCUGUUAGUAAGCUGAUUAAUCAGGCUGUUGGAGAUGCUCUAAGUGGUCUGCUCUUGGUGGAAGCCAUUUUACAACACAAGGGAUGGUCCAUAUAUAAGUGGAGUGAGCUUUAUCAGGAUCUACCAAGCAGGCAGCUUAAGGUCAAAGUUGUAGACAGAACAGCUGUUGUUACAGCAAAUGCAGAGACUGUGGUUGUGAGACCCCCUGGCAUUCAAGAUGCCAUUAAUGCAGAAAUUGCAAAAUACUCCCGAGGUCGAUCUUUCAUACGGCCAUCUGGUACAGAAGAUGUUAUACGUGUAUAUGCAGAGGCGUCAACACAAGAAGCAGCAGACAGCCUUGCCAACUCUGUGGCUAAACUUGUGGACCGGCUCCUAGGAUUUGGCAGCACCAGAUAGGAUGUUUUGGCAUCAAUAAAGUGACUACAUUAUUAAAAGGCCAGGGCUCUGAUUCGACCAACUUAGUUAUUCAGUUUUUAUUAUUAAUGGCUAUGGAGGAUUGCUGGAAUUAAGGCAAGGCUAACCGUGUCAUCCUUCACAUUUGGCCUUUGACAUUUGGAACCAUAAAAGAGAAGAUACUGAUGACAGUUUUUCAUCUUAAUCUCAUGAGGCAGUUUAGGGGAAUUUGUUUUGAACUCUUCUUAGCCUAUGGAAUAAGGAAAAUCUGCAUGCAGAAAAUAUGCCUCUUUGAACAUUGAAAACUUGGGAAUAUCCUAGUGAUUUGAGAUGGGUGAUGCACCCUUUUAUAAACUGAUUUGAGGAUCAGUAUUUGCAUUUGGAAGUGCCUGAGGUAAAAAUUGUCAUUCCAAAUAACAAGGGAUUUGUCAAGCAAUGCUUUUUUGUGGCAUUAUAAGCAAAACAAACGACAUUAAUAACAAUGACUUGUCAGGAUCUCUUUUUUUUUUA